AUGAUUAAUGAAGAUUUAUUAAAUCAACGAUUAGAAGAAUUAAAAUUAUCAACACAGUUGCCUUCAGGUAUUGGCAAUGCCUCUCUGAAGAAAAGACUGCAGGAGGAACAAGACUCUAAUCCACCCAGUAACUACAAUAGUGAUACCGACGAACCAAAGCCCCGUAAACGCGAUCGAUUCGAAAGGGUUAAACACGAGGUUGUCCUUGAUCAAGAUUUCAUUUCUCCAACUAAUAAACCUCAAGUAUCUCGUGACGACUUUCAACCUAUUUGCGUCUUGGGAAGAGGAGCUUUUGGAAAAGUCUACCUUGUGAAGCAUGCGAAAUCCAAAGAUCUUUACGCCAUGAAGGUAUUGAAAAAAGCUUCUCUCGUAGUUCAUGGAAAACAAGCUCAACAGGCAAAAACAGAGAGAGAGAUUUUAGAAGCGGUUGGGCAUCCAUUUAUCGUUAAAUUAUGCUAUGCUUUCCAAACACCCACUGAACUUCACAUGCUGCUAGAAUACGCUGUCGGAGGAGAAUUGUUCCGUCACCUGGAUCAUGAGGGUAUGUUUUCAGAAUCGAUGGCUAUAUUUUAUGCUGCGGAGCUUGUGUGUGCAUUGGAGCAUUUGCAUUCAUUAGGCAUUGUCUAUCGUGAUUUAAAGCCAGAAAACUGUUUGUUGGAUGUACAAGGUCAUGUUGUAUUAACGGAUUUUGGAUUAUCCAAGGUACCAGUGGAUGGCAAAACAAACACUAUUUGUGGCACAGCAGAAUACAUGGCACCCGAGAUAUUAAUGGGACUCGAAUACGAUAUGACAGUCGAUUGGUGGAGUUUAGGCAUAUUAAUAUAUGAUAUGAUGACGGGAUCUCCCCCAUUUAGUUCCAACAACCGCAAAAAAACAAUAGAUUCGAUCUUAACCAAAAAGAUUCCAAUGCCGUACUACAUGACUGCAGAAGCAAGAGAUAUAUUAUCAAAGUUAUUGCGUAAAAACCCUAAUGCACGUCUCGGUUCAAAAUCAAAGAAGACUGAUGCUAUUAGACGACAUAAAUUCUUUCGUUCCAUUGAUUGGGUCGCUUUAGAACGUCGUGAAAUCCCUCCUCCUAUUGUACCUAUUGUUACUGACCCUGAAUCAGCAGAGAAUUUCGACCCAUUGUUCACGACAGAAGCCGUGGCUGGAUCACCUAGCAACGAGGAUUUAUUACACGCUGCUGAGCCUAACAGUCAUUUCCUGAAUUUCAGCUACGUUGACUCCUCUGUAAUGUAA